AUGAGUGUGUGGCUCUUUGUCUUGGCAGUUGUGCUCAACUGUGUGAACUUGUUUGCGCAGGUCCAUUUCACAAUCUUGUACGCAGAUUUGGAAGCGGACUAUAUCAAUCCUAUUGAAUUGUGUUCGAAGGUGAACAAACUGAUCACCCCUGAGGCUAUCUUACAUGGCGCUAUAUCGAUAUCAUUUUUGCUGACUGGCUACUGGUUCGUGUUUUUGAUCAACCUCCCAAUGCUUGCCUUUAACGCCAACAAGCACUACAAAAAACUGCAAUUGCUAGACGCCACUGAAAUUUUCAGAACUUUGGGUAGGCACAAGAAAGAGAGUUUCUUGAAACUGGGCUUUUACCUAUUGAUGUUUUUCUUCUACCUAUACAGAAUGAUCAUGGCAUUGAUUGCGGAAUCCGAUUGA